AUCAGAUUUUGAAGUUUGGUAGAAUAAGAAUGCUACCACCUUUCUUAUUUGCUUUGCUUGAUUUUCAAUUCAAAAAUCAAACCCAGAAGAUCCGCUAGAUUCUGGAUGAAAUCUGUCGGAUCUUGCUUUCCAAACUGUCAGAUUUUCAAAGGGGAUUUUGUUAUCUUCCUGAUCAUGAUAAUCACAGUUUCAUGUUUUGGCUGUUGAUGAUAGUCUCAUUGACAGAAUGUUGAUUGAAAGACUUCUCAAAACUUCAUCAUUUCAUGUUACUGCAGUGGACUCAGGAAGUAAGGCUUUAAAAUUUCUUGGAUUGGUUGAAGAAGAGCAGAGGAAUGAAGAGCCUUCCUUUGUUGCUCAAAAAACUCAUAAUCAGGAUGUAGAUGUGAACCUGAUUAUAACAGAUUAUUGUAUGCCAGAAAUGACAGGCUAUGAUCUUCUUAGAAAGAUCAAGGAAUCAAAAUCUCUUAAAGAUAUACCAGUUGUGAUUAUGUCCUCAGAGAAUGUUCCAUCAAGGAUCAACAGAUGCUUAGAAGAAGGAGCUGAAGAAUUCUUUCUGAAACCAGUUCAACAAUCUGAUGUAAAUAAGCUGAGGCCCCAUUUAUUGAAAUCAAAGGUUAAGGAAGUGGGAGAGGAAGACCAACUCAUCAACCUCAAUAGAAAGGACAUAAAUGAAAUUUUAGCCUAAGUUAGUCACUAGAAUCAUACCAACAAAUAUGAAAGGGUAUAGGAGGAGGUCCUUUUGAUGUACAUUGACAUGAGAAAAAUGAUUUUCAUUCAAUUUUGUCUGACAAAGUAAUUCUUUUGGCUAAUAUUUCUUUUAAUUUU